CUGCGGCUGUCCUGGGCGCUGCGACUACACUUCCCAGGGUGCUUUGCUGCUGUCACCGCUGGCCAGCUGCUGUUGACAGGGCUGUGCAGUAGAAGGGGCUUCCAGGGCGGCUGAGGGUGGUCACUGAGGCCGGGUCAUGUGAUGGCAGCAUGUAGUCAGGGUAGUAAUUGAUUUAUCUCCUCAUGUGACAGUGACAAGGAGCCUGAUUGUGCUGCAGGAAGCAUGGCCUCCAGGGAUGGGGACUCUGGGCUGCUGCGGGGCCCCAGGGCGCGCUCCUAUGGCAGCCUGGUCCAGUCCUCCUACUCCCCGGCCCGGGUCCGGAAGGUGGAACAUCUGGUCCAGCCGGGGGACACGCUGCCGGGGCUGGCCCUAAAGUACGGGGUCACGAUCGAGCAGAUCAAGAGAGCGAAUCGACUCUACACCAACGACUCCAUCUUCCUUAAAAAAUACCUCAGCAUCCCCGUCCUCACCGAACAACCAGAGCUGACCAAUGGGGCGCACUCUACAGCGGGCCAGGGCGCGAAGGAGGGGGCGGCGAGCCGGCCUCAGCGCAGUGCGUCCGAGGACUCACGCAAGGGUGACGUCUCCGUCGUCGACUUCAUGACCAAACUGGACACCAGAAUCCGUGUCUCCAAGAGGGCGGCCGUCAAGAAGAUCCGGGAGGCGGAGUCUGUAGCCCAAGAAGAAGACUCCUCCACAGACCCAAGCUACCAAGGCCUCAGAAGACAGGACUCCCCCCAAACGGCCCAGCGUUCCCUGCUCGGACCUGUCCCUCUCACCAUCAUCACGCGGGCGUCUACCCUCCGCGAUCGAGAAGAUGAGAUAUUUAAACUGUGAUAUUUAAGCAAUUUUUUUAUUUAUUUUUUUUAUUUUGCCGAUUAUUUUAAAAUUUUAAUUUCUGGAAAUUCUGCCCCAAAAAAAACUCAUCUGAAAUAAACCUACAACAGACACGGUAUCCAAGGGCGUUAAAUUGGUUAUAUCCAGGUUUUUGACCUUUUUUAUUUUUUUAUUUUUAUUUCUUAUGGACAAAUAUAAAUGUGUUUUUUGAACAAUUUUUUUUUUUAUUUUUUUAUUUUUUAAUCUCAGGGUCUAUGAAUUAGAAAUCCUAUGCACACAUAUUACCGGCCCUCAUCUCUCUGACGGGCACGCCCUAUUCAUACAUUUAAGAUCUACACGCCCCGUGGCCAAAGUAUGUGCCCGCCUGAACAUCUCCUCCAUAGGUGCUCAUGAAACAUCUUAUUCCGAGACCAGGUGGACUGAUAAGGACCGGCUUUACGCGGCUCCAGCAGCCUCUUGGCAUUGUGCACCUCAGGCUUGUAUACAGCUCCUGAUGAGCGGUUCUUCUGCUGCCGUUGCCUCACAGAUGAACGGAGAAGCUCUCGGAGGGCAGGCAUCUGACCGAAAGGUGACGUCCUGUGAAGGUGCCACAUUGACCUCCUCAGUCCUCCGACUUUCAUCCUACGGCGACCUCUACGCUGGAUUUGGCACAUACUUUUGGAGAGGAUUAUACAUUACAUAUAUAGCGCUGGUAGCAUCAUUCUUUCCAGUAAUUCACCAGAAGGGGGCGCCAUUGUACAAUGUUUCAUGCAAUAAAUCUCUGUCUUUGUGCCUAGAGCGCUUCCUACUGCGGUUUAGCUUCAUUUUUCUGCACUUUUUUUUCUGUUAAUAAUGUUUUUUAUGUAAUUUUAUAUAUUAUAGUUCACAGGGACGGAUGUGCGAGGAUGUCUGUUACACUGCAGCUCGGGUGAAGCCCAUUGACGGAUGAUUUCCCCCUUAGUCUCAGAUUUUAAGCAGCAGAGCAGUAAAUGAGGUCAAAGUCCUGGCCCUGGCAGACAACGACCUUUGAACCACGGUUGUGUACCAAGACGUGGAUAUGUGAAAAGGUCUUCAAUAGCUGCUGCAGAGUUCUGAGAGUAUCCCCGGCACCUGCACAGUAAAUCAGCCUAGUUAUUAACUCAUACACCCCCCAGGAACAGCGCCACAACUGUCCAUAGGUUGCUUGUGGUAUUGCAGCUCACAUCCAUUAAAGUGAAUGGGGGCUGAACUGCAAUACCACACACAUCCUGUGAACAGCCAUGCUUCUCUAAGUCGGGAUAGCCCCUGCAACUGUGGCUGGUCGGCCAUGUUAGAUAUGACCCAGCUUUCCGAUCACUAAGGCCCAUUUGAGAGGAGCAAGUAUUCCGCACGGGUGCAAUGCGUGAUGCGAACACAUUGCGCCCCCGCACGGAAUCCGGAACCAUUCAUUUCAAUGGGUCUGUGUAGGUGAGCGUUGGUUUUCACGC